UCGACUCACCGACUUGGAAACCAGAGCUUCAGCGGAGAUAGCAGGCAUUUCUUCACCGCCUCAGGCUAACUCGCUCUCGGCUUUGGUUCAGGAUGGAAACCCGCUCGACUACACGGAGCUCCCGGCGUUUCGGCACUCGUAACUUCAAGAGUGGUCUCUCCCUGUGGCUGGUGCUGUGGCUGGUUCUGGUGAAGCCCAGCGCAGUGCGGGGGUGUCCUCGCCUCUGCGUGUGCUACCCCUCCCCCAUGACGGUCAGCUGCCAGUCGCAGAACUUCACCUCCGUGCCAGCAGGGGUGCCAUACGACUCGCAGCGUGUCUUCCUGCAGAACAACCGCAUCGUCCAGCUCAGGGUCGACUCCUUUGGCUUCCAGACACAGGUGCUGUGGCUGUACUCUAAUAACCUGACCUGGAUCGAGGCUGGGGCGUUCAGCGAGCUGAGGGAAUUGGAGGAGCUGGACCUGGGGGACAACCCCCACCUGCAGCGGCUGGAGGGCGGGGCCUUCCGGGGCCUGGAGAAGCUGCAGAGCCUGCACAUGCACCGCUGCCGGCUGGCCGCCGUGCCCCACGACAUCUUCCGCAAGCUGUACAGCCUGCAGUUCCUCUACCUGCAGGAGAACCAGCUGCACUUCCUGCAGGACGACCUCUUCUCCGACCUUGUCAACCUCAGCCAGCUGUUCCUGCACGGAAACCGCAUCCGCACGCUGUCCGAGAACGUGUUCAGGGGCCUGGUGAACCUGGACCGGCUGCUCCUGCACGACAACCGCGUGCGCCAGGUCCACCGCAAGUCCUUCCGCGACCUGGGCCGGCUCACCAUGCUCUUCCUCUUCAACAACUCCCUGGCGGAGCUGCCCGGGCAGGCGCUGCGGGACGUCGGGUCCAUCGAGUUCCUGCGGCUGAACGCCAACCCCUGGUCCUGUGGCUGCGAGGCCCGGCCCAUCUGGGAGUUCUUCCGCCAGUCGCGCGUGUCCAGCUCCGAGCUGCUCUGCUCCUCGCCGUCCCCCCGCCGUGGCCAGGACCUGCGCUUCCUGCGCGAGAUGGACUUCGCGCUCUGCCCCCUGCCCGACCCCGGCUCCCUGGCCGGCACCACCACCACCACCUUCAGCACCAAGACCCGCUGGUGGUUCUCCAAGGCCAAGGCCGCUGCCUCCACCAAGUCCUCCUACGCCAAGACCUCAGAGGCAGUCAAGGCCUUCCCCUUCGCUGUCAAGCCUCUGGUGGGGCCUUCCACCUCCAUCGCCGCCUCCUUCCCCUCCAAAUACGAGCUGGCUGAGGAGGAGGCUGCCCUGCCCAAGCUGGACCCGGAGGAGUACUGGGCCAACUACGGCAGCGAGGACGCCUCGGUGCGCUGCUUCGAGCUGGAGUGCCCGCCCGGCUACGACUCGCCCGGCCUUCCUCCCUCCUCCUCCUCCUCCUCACCUCUGCUCUCCUUCCUCGCUGUUUCCCUCUCCCUCCUCGCUCUGUCCAUCCAUCUACUCUUCGGCUGAGUCCUGUCCUGCAGCCGAAAGCCCUUCUCUCCUCUGAUGGGAGGUCCUCUUCCACCGUCCACCCCAUCUCUCAAAACUGUGCUCCCUUUCUACCCUCUAUGACUUCUGCACACCUGUAUCUUGACCAUUUUCAGGUUACCCCCUCCCACCACACCCUCCUAGACCUCCAUACCACUGGGUGGUGCUGUGGUGCUGCAGACAAUACAGUAGAGGGCAGUAGGGAGCCUGGUGGGGUUCAUGGUAAAGCACAAAUACAAGUACAAGAAGAAUAAUAUCAGUCAGCUUCGGAUUGUUACUGUUUUUUAAAAGAUUCUAAACUAUAAUGCUCUUCAGCAUUUAGUGUUUCUGCUUUCACAGAAACGACUCUGAUGUGUAACAGCAUCCGUGGUACUGUGACCCCUGCUUUCUAGUUGUGCUACAGCUACUGCUAACCCUAUGACCUCCCUGCCAACGCCAGUGCCAGCUCUACAGCUAUGACUACUUCACUCCUGUUCUGUGGAUCUCUUCUUUCCUUUCCGCUAAUGUACCACUACUGUAACAUACUGCUACUGCUGCUACCUCUGCUACUGUUAUUACUAGUGCUAAUUGUUAGUUAGCAUUGAUGCUAGUUAGCCUAGCCUAGCCGCGGGGGAUUGUGCCUUGGCUGUAGCGGGCUCAAGGGGCAGGCGGUUGUGGAAGUUCCUAGAUUCGCGCUAGCGCUAGUCUCCACACCGGCACUGCUGCCGUGGGCCGUUCACGGGCAGCCAUAAGGCGUCUUCGAGGGCAACAGGUUCCCCGCGGCGAUGGCACUGACAGCAGAUCUUCGGCACUAACUUGUUAACUUCGCUUCCUCACACUCUCCCUUCCUGCUCCAGCCUGCCAGCUUAAUAGCGGCUGCUCUUCAGUCAAACAACAACAAAUAUCACUGCUGUGCAACAUGUAAACACACACACACACACAUACGCACACAUUCACAGUAUAGAGAGAAUGUACCUGUUCUCAGGGCUAUGAGAGAGGGCAAGAUGAAGCUCAGGACUGUGACACUAAUACUGUACUCAACAAUAUGCAAACAGAGACAGCGAGAGAGAGAGAAGGAUGGAGGUUAUACAGAGUUGCAGACCUUGAGAAGUGUAGUAAGAUGAGGAUGAUGAAGAAAAGUGAAGGAGAUAUGACAGAGAGACCAGUGGAGAAAGAAGAGUAGAAAGAGAGAGGUGAGCGUGAGAGAUGCAGAAACACACACACACACACACACACACACACACACAGACAGGAACGACAGGGCUGGCCCAGAAUAACAGAGAAAGGAGAAACUGUGGCUCAUUCCAGAACAUAACACCACAUGCGCAGCCUGUAAAUAUGCGGCUAGUUCUUACACACACAGACAGACAGCGGUGAUUACAGCACGGUGUCAUAUGCUCACACCACAUGUCUCUGCUGUUGGCCUAGGCUCAAGGCUGAAGGUGUUGAAAAUAACGAACGACAGUGUUGUGUGGGAUUUGGGACAGUCAGUGUGCACAUCUUUUCUCAUUCUUGUAUGUAUUGUUUCUUUAUGGGAAUACAGUAAACUAUCUGUACAUUUUGCUUUUGAAUUUUUCUUCAGUGUUUUUUGUUGUUUGAUCCUAACCCUGAAAUUGGACACUAGAGAAUGUCCCAGAAUAACUGGGCUGGAGUGGACAGGAUCAGGGGGACUGACUGACACAAAGCCUCUGUGAGACAUACAGACAGAUAUACUGAUGGACACUACAGCUAACAGACUGACACACUGAUCUAGUGACUGAUCGACACUCUUAUCACAUGACACUGUUUGGCUACCAGACACCUGAAUAACUGAAACGCUGGCUCACAUAAAGACAGACAGACAGACAGACAGACAGAGGGUUUGGUGGGCUGUGCGAUCCAGUUGAAGAUUGUUUUGUUGGCAGACAGACAGACAGACAGACAGACUGACAGGCAGACAGAGGGUCAGUGAAGCCUGGUUUUCUGACAGACGGACUGGCAAUUGUGUAGGUGCCACUGAAGAGGGGAAGGAUGAGCAAAUGAAAGGCAGAUCUUCCCCUCUCCUCUGGAAUCCUUCCAGUUUUUUUUAAAUAGUAGUUUGCUCUUUAUUCUCUCACUCUCUUUCUCUUUCUCUGUACCCUCCCACUGUCUCUCUCUCUCUCCCCCCCACCCUGUUAGUGAUUGUGGGAGUGUUUCCUUGGUGAGGCAUGUGGGUGUGAAUGUGGGCGCUUCUUCCUCUUUUGGACACCUGCUUAUUUAUUUCCGUCUCUCUCUCCCUCCAUCUUUCUGUGUGUGGAGAACACAGAGGUCAGAGUUCACUAGAGGCACUGAUUGAAUCCAGAACACAGAGCUGCAGGGUAUCCUCAAUCAGGGGAGUGAUAGAGAGAGAGAGAAGAGAGAGGGAGUGAUAGAGAUAGAGAGGGGGAUAGAGAGAGAGUAGGAGGGGAAUAGAGAGAGGGAGUGAUAGAGAUAGAGAGGGGGAUAGAGAGAGAGCAGGAGGGGAAUAGAGAGAGGGAGUGAUAGAGAUAGAGAGGGGGAUAGAGAGAGAGAGAGUGAUAGAGAAAGAAAGAGAGCAGGAGGGCAAUACAGAGUGAUAUAAAGAGGAAGCAGGAUAGGGAGGGCAAUAGGAAUUGAUGGAUACAGGGAGUGCAAGGUAGUAGGUGUAAGUGAGGGAUGAAAAAAGAGGGAGAAAGAUGGAAGGGGAGAGUGGCUAAUGGGAGAGAGAGAUGAGCAGUUGUCAGUGCACCUCUUCACUCAGUGAUGUGUUUGUUCAGUUAUGGUUUACAAUGUUGCCACCUUCGGGCUGUUUGUGUGCUCCUGUGAAUGAACAAGAUACAAAGAGCUGGAGGCCACGGCCAUUACUGUGAGCUCGGCAAGGGCCAACUCUGCCACGAAAUCACCAUGGCAACACGCCACAGGCACAUCCCUAACUCCCUGUGGUCUCUCGUUAGUCUCUUUUGAAGUCAGAUGUACACAGAAAAAUUGUGUGUAUAUGUGUGUGUGUGUGUGUGUGUGUGUGUAUGCAUGUGUGUGCGUGUUUCUUUUUUGAAUUAGUUUCUUUUCAUUCCUUUGUAUUCUGUGAAAAUGCUAUUGUGGGAUUUCAAACAAGAAUGAACGGACACGUGACAUGCUGUCAUCUUUUAGAAAAUGGUGAAAGAGACAAUAAAUGUAAUCUUUUAACAAAA